UCUGUGAUCAUUCACAGAUUUCACACAUAGUAAGCAAUGAUGUCAGGAAGUGACAGCUUGCUUACUACUCUGCAUGUGAUCACUGAUUGGCCAAUCAGUGAUCACUACACCUCUCUGCCAAUCCCUCCACUGGCCUCCAUUCAGUGUCCUCCACCCCUCUCUGCCAAUCCCUCCACUGACCUCCACUCACUGUCCUCCACCCCUCUCGGCAACCCUCCACUGGCCUCCAUUCAGUGUCCUCCACCCCUCUCUGCCAAUCCCUCCACUGGUCUCCAAUCAGUGUCCUCCACCUCUCUCUGCCAAUCCCUCCACUGACCUCUGCUCAGUGUCCUCCACCCCCCUCUGCAAUCCCUCCACUGACCUCUGCUCAGUGUCCUCCACCCCUCUCUAACAAUCCCUCCACUGACCUCCACUCAGUGUCCUCCACCCCUCUCUGCCAAUCCCUCCACUGGCCUCCACUCAGUGUCCUCCACCCCUCUCUGCAAUCCCUCCACUGGCCUCCAUUCAGUGUCCUCCACCCCUCUCUGCCAAUCCCUCCACUGGCCUCCAUUCAGUGUCCUCCACCCCUCUCUGCAAUC